AGUUCCACUGAGAGAGAGGACAUCUGCAGGAGGGAGUACUGGGAAUACUACGUCUUCAACCAGCUGCUGGAUCCACAAACCGAGCCAGAGUUUUAGGUCUCAGGGACCAGGGAGUGGCGGUCUGCCUGCCGGGUUUCCUGGUUCACUCGGAGACUCAAUGGCUUCCAGAUUAGAGAAAGAUCUCUGCUGUUCGAUCUGCCACGAAGUCUUUAAAGAUCCAGUUCUUCUGUCAUGCACCCACAGCUUCUGUAAAGACUGUCUGCAGAGGUGGUGGAGACGGAAAAAACCACGUAAGUGUCCACUUUGUAAUACAAGUUCAAAGACAAAUCCGCCUUUAAACCGUGUGUUAAAGAACCUGUGUGAGACUUUCUUAGAGGAGAGAGAUCAGAGACCUUCAGAGGGUCUCUGCAGUCUGCACUCGGAGAAACUCCAACUCUUCUGUCUGGACCAUCAGCAGCCGGUGUGUCUGGUCUGCAGAGACUCCGAGACACACUCCAACCACCGGUUCAGACCCGUCGAUGAAGCUGCACGACAACCCAGGAAGGAGGUCCAGGACAAUCUGGAGCCCUUAAAGAAGAAGUUAGAGAGAUUUGAACAAUCUAAAAUGGAAUUUGAUAAAAGGGCAAAACACCUGAAGGUCCAGGCCCGACGCACAGAGACCAAGAUUAGGGCCCAGUUUAAGAAGCUUCGCCAGUUUCUAGAAGAGGAAGAGGAGGCCCGGUUGGCUGCACUGAGGGAGGAAGAGGAGCAGAAGAGUCAGAGGAUGAAGGAGGAGAUGGAGGCUCUGAGCAGAGACAUAGCAGCUCUUUCAGACUCAGUCCGAGCCACAGAGGAGCAGCUGAGAGCUGAAGACAUCUCGGUCCUGAUCCACUACCAGGCUGCAGUGGCAAGAGUCCAGCAGCUCCUCCUGCUGGCUGGUCCACAGCUGCUCUCAAGAGCUCUGAUAAACGAGGCCCAACACCUGGGCAACCUGGGCUUCAACAUCUGGACCAAGAUGAAGGACCUGGUCUCCUACACUCCUGUGAUUCUGGACCCAAACACUGCUGAUGAACACUUCCUCCUGUCUGAGGAUCUGACCAGCGUGAGACUCGGAGUAAGUCAGGACCUUCCUCUUAAUGAAGAGAGGAUUGAUGACAUCAACACUGUCCUGGGCUCUGAGGGCUUUGACUCUGGGACUCACAGCUGGGAUGUUGAGGUUGGAGACAAUAAAAACUGGUCUCUGGGUGUGUUAUCAGAGUCUGGCCACAAGACGGGAGACAUACACUCUGGACUAUGGAGAAUAUGGUUCUGUUUAGAUGAAUACUCAGCGUGGUCACCACUAGAUCCCAGAAAGGAGCUCCCAGACCAGAAGAAGCUCCGGAGGAUCAGAGUGACUCUGGACUGGAACAGAGGAAAACUGUCCUUCUCUGAUCCUGAUACUAACACACUCAUACACACCUUCACACACACUUUCACUGAGAAGAUGUUUCCAUAUAUAAGAACUGAGGACGAACCCCUGAGAAUCUUACCUGUGAAGGUCUCGGUGACGGUAGGACCAGAGAAACAGAGGGUCCUGGUGGUGGUGGUGCUGAUGGUGGUGCUGAUGCUGAUGCUGAUGUUCUACUUAUUAUAUUAUUUAGUAUAUUAG